GAGACGAGCAGCACAAGCAACCAGUUCGAUGUGGUCUAACAUGGUCGUUCCCCGUCGUCCGUCUACCAGCUACAAACCAAUGAGAAGAAGCAAACCUCCAGACAAGCACCUAACACUAGCAAACCUUCAUCCAAUGUGACUACGUCAACUAAAAAGGAGAAAGAAAAACAAACUGGCUGACAAGAAAAAAACGUACAGGUUUCAACACUUCAUCGACUAAAAAUACAAAAAUAAACUGGCUGACAAUAAAAAGAAGCUACAGGACUAUCUUUGUCCGAUGUGACUUCAUAAAGCGCCUUAAAAAUAAAAAGAACUGGUUGAAGAUAUUUAAGCAAUAGCGUUCCAAAUUCAAAAUGGGCGUUCAAGUGCUUCUAGCUUCAACGGCCUUGAAGACGGUGAGCGUGACGGGUCUGUGGUUGAUUCCUCUUUUACUGGGCGCGCUGACUUACCAUAACUACAGUGCAUAUGAUCCGGAGUCGAGAGUGGUGGACAAGGAACCGAAGAGGGAGUAUGACUUCAUUGUGGUUGGGGGCGGGUCGGCGGGCGCCGUCGUCGCUAACAGACUGUCGGAGAUCAAGAAUUGGAACACGCUCUUGUUGGAAACGGGUCCCGACGAGAACGAGAUCACCGACGUGCCCUCCCUGGCGGGCUACCUGCAGCUGACCAAGCUGGACUGGCAGUACAAGACCGAGCCCACCGCGCACGCCUGCCUCGGCUUCAAGAAACGACGGUGUAGCUGGCCCCGCGGCAAGGUGCUUGGCGGUUCCAGUGUUCUCAACUACAUGAUAUACGUACGAGGCAACCGAUAUGACUUCGACCAAUGGGAACACGGGAACCCAGGAUGGGGCUACCGGGACGUCUUGAAAUACUUUAUCAAAUCAGAAGACAACAGAAACCCUUACUUAGCUAAGAGCCCAUACCACGGGCGGGGAGGAUACCUCACAGUUCAAGAAGCUCCUUGGAGGACACCCUUAGUCGCAGCUUUUGUAGAAGCUGGGGUUGAAAUCGGGUAUGAGAACAGGGAUAUCAAUGGAGAGUAUCAAACAGGAUUCAUGAUCGCCCAGGGCACGAUACGUCGCGGAUCCCGCUGCAGUACCGCCAAAGCAUUUUUGCGACCAGUCAGAACUCGAAGAAACUUAGACAUUUCCUUAAACUCCCAAGCAACUAGAAUCUUAAUCCAUCCAGUGACAAUGAAGGCGUACGGUGUUGAGUAUGUGAAACACGGCAUGAGGAGAGUUGUUUACGCCAGAAAAGAAGUAAUCUUAUCGGCCGGCGCCAUCAACAGUCAGCUGCUUAUGUUGUCCGGAAUAGGUCCUAAAGAACAUUUAAAAGACGUCGGAAUUAAAGUCUUGAAAGAUUUGCCGGUCGGUGAAAAUCUGCAAGACCAUGUUGGUGUAGGAGGAUUAACAUUUCUAGUCGAUAAACCUGUUGCGAUCGUCCAGAAUCGCUUCGAGGCUUUCCCCGUUACCAUGAACUACGUUGUCAACGAGAGAGGUCCCAUGACGACUCUAGGAGGCUUAGAAGGGAUCGCUUUUGUUAAUACAAAGUAUGCGAACAGUUCUGGACUAUGGCCCGAUAUUCAGUUCCACAUGGCGCCAGCGUCCUUCUCGUCUGACAAUGGACAAAUAGUCAGAAAGAUCUUAGGUCUCACGGAUGAGAUUUAUAAUACUGUCUACAAGCCUAUAGCCAAUAAGGAUGCUUGGACUAUUAUGCCUUUGCUGCUGAGGCCGAACACACGAGGUUACGUGCGAUUAAGGAGCUCCAACCCAUUUCAUUAUCCUAUAAUGAACCCCCGUUACCAUGAGGAUCCAUUAGACGUGGCGCGCCUCGUAGAAGGAAUCAAAAUAGCUGUGCAAGUGGCAGAAGCCUCACCUUUCAAACAGUUCGGUAACAGGCUAUACAUGAAGCCACUGCCGAGCUGUAAGCACUUUAAAUUUAUGUCUGAUGAAUAUAUAGAGUGUCAAGUGAGGCAUAUAUCUAUGACGAUAUACCAUCAGAGUGGGACGGCUAAGAUGGGGCCUUCGUGGGACCCUGAGGCGGUGGUGGAUCCUCACCUGAGGGUGCAUGGUGUCGAAGGCCUGAGGGUGAUAGACGCCAGUAUAAUGCCGACGAUUGUGAGCGGCAACACCAACGCUGCAGUCAUUAUGAUAGGGGAGAAAGGGGCUGAUUUGAUAAAGCAAGACUGGCUUAGUAAGAGUCGAUGACAUUAGUUGUAUGUUUAGGUAUAAUAAUAAUGUCAACUAGUUACCAAUAGAAUAUAGAUUUUUAAAUACAAAAUGCCAAUUUUAGACGUUAUAUAAUACAAACAAACGCAUGUAUUUUUUAUAUAUUUACAUAUACUGAAGAGUUACCUUGUCAAACCUUAUGUGUAUAUAAUGUGAAAUGCUUAUUUAUGUUUGUAUACGUUUGUAAAAUUAUGUAAAUAAUGUAAAUAUGUUUCUUGUGUUUAUACUUUUUCUUAAAGAUGAUUAUUCUUAAUAUUUAAAUGAAUAUUUAAGCGUAUAAUGUAUCGUACUGGUAACAAACAAGUACUGACGUAGGCGUAUGCUUGUUACUAUGUACUUGUCAAACCAAAAAGUACUUGUUAAGUAAAUGUACAUAAAUCGGAUAUAAGUACAGGGUGUAACAAAGGUAAUGGGGACCUGUCUGUGUAGGGCACUUUUGAUAUCGUGUUCUGCUUACUAACAAUUAAAAUUAAAAUUUUGAAUAAACCCCCGACCGCGACCUAGUGGACCGAUUUUUAUGAAACAUGGCUAAGAACA